UUCUCAUUUCUUUCCCAUUACCCACCAAGAAAAAAACCCACUGGAGCAAAAACUAAUCAUAAUGAUGAAACACCCUCUGCACCCAGCACUCUCCGAAAGCAUCUCUCUCCAUCAAAACCUUCCUUCCCUUAAAUUUACCUCUGUAAAGACCAAGCCUCUCCCAACCAAAUUCCCCACUUCCCCAUAACCAUGAAACCUCCUUUUCUUCUCUUUCUCACAUUCACCUUCUAUCUACUAAAAUCAUCUCGCUUAGCCUUCUCUGCUUCUGCACCUCCUCUCCCUCUGAUCUCUCUUCUUUCCAUAAAAUCCUCCCUCAAAGACCCUCGCUCCACUUUCAAAGAUUGGGACCCUACUCCGACGUUUUCCAAGCCUAAUUUUGAAGACCCGGUUUGGUGUGCAUGGUCAGGUAUCAAGUGCAAUCCUAAAACAGCUCAAGUCACAUCCCUUGAUCUCUCUCGACGCAAUCUAUCUGGUAUUAUUCCAGCGGAAAUCAGAUAUUUGACGAGCUUAGUCAACUUGAAUUUGAGUGCAAAUUACUUUGAUGGGCCUCUCCAACCUGCCAUUUUUGAACUAACUCAGCUUAGAACUCUUGAUAUAAGCCACAACUCCUUCAAUUCAACCUUUCCACCAGGGGUUUCCAAGCUUAAGUUUUUGAAAACCUUCAAUGCAUACAGCAACAGUUUCAGGGGCCCAUUACUUCAAGAGUUUAUACACUUGCGGUUCUUGGAGCAGCUCAAUCUCGGGGGCAGCUACUUUGAAGGUGAAAUCCCUGUUGGUUAUGGAAGCUUUACCAGAUUAAAGUUGCUUGACUUAGCAGGAAAUACACUGGUAGGCACUUUACCACCUAAACUAGGAUUCUUGUCCCAGCUCGAGCGCAUAGAGAUUGGCUACAACGCUUUCUCAGGCACAGUACCAGUAGAAUUUGCACAGUUAUCCAAUCUCAAGUACUUGGACAUCUCAAAUUGUACCCUUUCAGGUCCACUUCCGGAAGAGCUUGGCAAUUUAACCAAGCUAGAAGCUUUGUACUUUUUCAAGAACAGCUUUACAGGUGAAAUCCCGGUGAGUUACACAAACUUGAAAGCUCUCAGGGUCCUAGAUUUGUCCGACAAUCAACUCACUGGCACAAUCCCAGAAGGGUUAGCUUCUUUAACAGAGCUAACCUGGUUGAGCUUAAUUGGCAACAACCUUUCUGGUACAAUCCCAGACGGCGUCGGUGAGUUACCAAAUCUCAACACUUUACUUCUCUGGAACAACAACUUCAGCGGCAUUCUCCCGCAGAAACUAGGUUCAAAUGGGAAGUUACUGUCUCUUGAUGUCUCUUCAAACUCUCUCACUGGUCCAAUUCCUCCAAAUCUUUGCUAUGGAAACAGGCUUUUCAAACUUAUCCUGUUUAGCAACAUGUUCAUGCAUGAGCUUCCAGGAAGCCUUGUAAACUGCACAUCCCUUUCAAGAUUCCGAAUCCAAAACAAUCUUCUCAACGGUACCAUCCCAUACGGAUUCGGCCUCUUAACAAACUUAACAUUUGUCGACAUGAGUAGGAACAGCUUCACAGGUGAGAUUCCUCAGGAUCUUGGCUAUGCACCAGCAUUACAGUUCCUUAACAUCUCCGAGAACUCUUUCAACACCGCAUUGCCAAGCAACAUUUGGGGUGCACCAAGCUUGCAGAUUUUCUCAGCCAGUUCAUCCAAACUCACGGGCAAAAUCCCAGAUUUCAUCGGCUGUAAAAACGUCUACAAAAUCGAACUCCAAGGUAAUUUUCUAAACGGAAGCAUCCCCUGGGACAUUGAUCAUUGUGAUAAGCUCUUGGCUUUGAAUUUAAGUCGUAAUUUGCUCACUGGAAUAAUCCCAUGGGAAAUAUCGACGCUUCCUUCAAUAACUGCCGUUGAUCUUUCCCAUAAUUUUCUCACCGGAACCAUCCCUUCAAACUUCGAAAACUGUAGCACUUUGGAAACUUUCAAUGUUGCCUACAAUUUGCUAACCGGGCCAAUCCCGUCUUCCGGUCCAAUAUUUCCUAAUUUACAUCCUUCCUCAUUUUCUGGCAACGACGGACUUUGCGGCCGAAUUUUAGCGAAGCCGUGCCCGGCUGAGGCGAUGGCUGCGGGUGACGUGGAAGUUCGUAACAAGCAGCAGCAGCCUAAGAAAACGGCUGGAGCUAUCGUUUGGAUUAUGGCAGCCGCUUUUGGUAUUGGUUUGUUUGUCCUCGUGGCUGGGACCCGUUGUUUCCAUGCGAAUUACAGCCGUAGAUUUAGUGAUGAUCGAGAGAUCGGACCGUGGAAAUUAACCGCCUUCCAGCGGUUGAAUUUCACGGCUGAUGAUGUGCUGGAGUGCCUGUCGAUGACGGAUAAGAUCAUAGGGAUGGGGUCCACGGGGACAGUGUACAAAGCGGAGAUGCCAGGUGGCGAGAUCAUAGCAGUGAAGAAGUUGUGGGGUAAGCAUAAAGAGAACAUUAGACGGAGGAGAGGGGUGUUGGCAGAGGUGGACGUGUUAGGGAACGUUAGGCAUCGUAACAUAGUGAGAUUGUUAGGGUGUUGCAGCAACAGGGAGUGCACGAUGCUGCUCUACGAGUACAUGCCGAACGGGAACUUGGAUGACUUACUGCAUGGCAAGAAUAAGGGGGAGAAUCUGGUGGCUGAUUGGGUGACUAGGUACAAAAUAGCUCUUGGGGUGGCUCAAGGGAUCUGUUAUCUCCACCAUGACUGUGAUCCGGUGAUCGUACACCGCGACCUUAAGCCCAGUAAUAUUUUAUUAGACGGUGAGAUGGAGGCCAGAGUGGCAGAUUUUGGGGUGGCAAAGUUGAUCCAGAGUGAUGAGUCCAUGUCGGUGAUUGCCGGCUCCUAUGGCUACAUUGCUCCAGAAUAUGCUUAUACUCUCCAAGUUGAUGAAAAGAGUGAUAUAUAUAGCUUUGGGGUGGUGUUAAUGGAGAUUUUAAGUGGAAAAAGAUCCGUGGAUUCGGAGUUUGGUGAUGGGAACAGCAUUGUGGAUUGGGUGAGGUCUAAAAUUAAGAGUAAAGACGGAAUUAUCCACAUUCUGGAUAAAAAUGCCGGGGCAUCAUGUGCAUCGGUGAGGGAAGAAAUGAUGCAAAUGCUUACAAUUGCUUUGUUAUGCACCAGCCGGAACCCGGCGGACCGGCCCUCCAUGAGGGAUGUUGUCUUGAUGCUGCAAGAAGCCAAGCCCAAGAGGAAACUGCCGGAGAGUGUAGUUAAUGGAGGCAGUGUGGUUCAUGUUGGUGCUGAUGGUACUGACGAUGCUAUAGCACAAAAGGCUACAGUGGAAUGUUAAUAUGAUUAAUUUUACGGGGUUUUUUUUUUUCUUUUUUUCUUUUUUUUUUGUUAUUUUUCAAAUGGUGGGGAUUGGUAUAGGAAGAAGUGAUUUUCAUCUUCUUUUUUUGUUUCUUCUCUCUCAAUGGAAUUUUCAAGUGUUCUUGCUCUAAUUUCUCUGAUGUUAUAUUUGAAUUAUUAUUACUAUUAUGACAAUGAUAUUGCAGUUUAUAUU